AUGGAGUCGUUGUCGUCGGCGUCGGCGUCCCUCCCGGAGUACGUGCAGUUCGACGGCCAUCUUCUCCCCGUGGCAUGGCUGGAGGGCGAGGUGCUCGCCGAGUUCUUGGCGUUUCUUGAUGACGCCGCCGCGGCGGCGGAGGAUGAAGCGGAGCCGUACGAGGUGGAGUUCGAGGAGGAGGAGGAGGAGGAGGAGGAGGAGCCGUACGAGGUGGAGUUCGAGGUGGAGGAGGAGGAGCCGUACGAGGUGGAGUUCGAGGUGGAUGAGGAGGAGGAGGAGGAGGAUCCGCAGGAGGUGGAGUUCGAGGUGGAGGAGGAGGAGGAGGAGGAGCCGCAGGAGGUCGAGUUCGCCGCCGAUGACGGCAGCGACGACGGCGUCGUCGUCGUCGUCGGCGACCUCGUUGAUGAUGGCGGCGUCAUGGAGGGUGAGGUGGACUACGUCGUCGAGCACUUCGAGGACGACGAUAACGGCGGCGGCAGCUUCGACGACCUUGUGUCAGACGCCGACGUGGCGGACGACGGCGGCGGCGGCGGCUUCGACGACCUUGUGGCCGAAGCCGAUGACGAGGCCGCCACCACCCCGGCGGCGGCGGCGGCGGACGACGCGAGGGCGCCGCGCACCACCGCCAGGAUGAGCGUGAGGCGGCCCGUGAGUCUCUUGGGCGUCGACUACGACACCAUCAACGAUAUCGUUGGCGCUAAUUGA